AUGAAGUUAAAUAUACAGCAUGUUUUUUUUCUCUACACAACAUUCAUCUUCAUUGACUUGUGCAAGCAAGUUCAGAAUGAGGUUUGUUGGGAUAAAUUUGAAGACCGGGCCAUCAAGAGUAUGUUUGAUAAUUACACCUUCAAAUACCGAGCGAAUCACACGCUGGAUAGGUGCAAAGAAAAAUGUAUGGAGCGUGGCUCUGAGUGCGAGUACCUCGUCUACUUAGAUUUUCACGGCAUUUGCUUCAUCCAAGUCAUUCGGAACACCGACGUCACUUUAAUUGAAAGGGGGUUUCAGGAGGUACACCAGAAAGUAGAAUGCACAAACAAAACUGGGGAAGAAAAAACGGAUACCAAAGCCAACCAUCCAACCGAUGAAAAAGUGGAAAAACCAAAUUCGGAGCAGAUUAUGACUAAGGUCUUCAAAAGCAUCGCUCGUGUGUUUAUAAAUGUUUCAAAAGAUUUUGAAAAUUUUGGAGGAUUGCAAUAUGGGAGUGUGCAAACUCACAAAUAG